AUGUGGGUGUUUCAGUGCUAUAUAAGUACUUUGAGGCAGAUGAGUCCCGUAAUGGCAGUCUUUGCAUUUCUGCUCUUCUCGAUUUCUUCCUUCGUGACUGCACAACCAGGUCCACCCGUUUCAACGUCUUGUGACACUACGAUUUGUGGACAUGGCACAAGAUGUCAGAUGGUCGAAUUGUCUACAUGUCAUGAUGAUGUGUGUCCGCUUGUGCCACGCUGUAUCCAAGUUUUAUGCGACACCUCUUGCAACUUCUGUCCGCCUGAUCUGAAGUGCGUUUUAGUGGACACCGGGUGCUGUCCGAAUCCACAAUGCAGAACACCAACAACAUCAGCACCGUUAACCACAACAACUCUCCCUGGCUGUACAUGA